GGACGCGCUGGCUAAGCAUGUGCUAAAACUCGCCGCUACCGAAUUCUUUGUAUCGAAUGUAUUGGGAAGAAACUGGGAAGAUUUUGUGAACCGCCGUCGGGUAUUUAGACGCACGUAUUUCUGUAAAGCAUUGAUAGGAGCUAUUGAUUUCCACAACUCAAGUGUGGUCACUGAGCUCAGUAAAAAGGAUUCCAUAGAAAGCACAGCCAACGUACAUUACGCGGAUAGACUGGAAUUUUCUUGAAACACACCUGGAAAACCUGGAAAAGUCAGGGAAUUUCAUUCUCCUGUUUGAGUGGCAACCCUGUAAAAGAAGAGCUGGAUUUAAAUAUUGACAAUCUUUUUGAUGAAUUGAUAGUCUUUUGUUAUCCAAAAAAUGAGUAGACGACAAACUCCUAGUGAAUUUCUGAAGCAGAUAAUUGGCCGUCCAGUUGUAGUUAAACUGAACUCUGGUGUAGAUUAUCGAGGAGUAUUAGCCUGUUUGGAUGGAUAUAUGAACAUAGCUUUAGAACAGACAGAAGAGUAUGUAAAUGGACAGCUGAAAAAUAAAUAUGGGGAUGCCUUCAUACGAGGAAACAAUGUGCUUUAUAUAAGUACACAAAAAAGAAGAAUAUAAAUGUUAUGGCAGAUAAAAAGAACUAAAACAUUCACUAAAAUCACUUCAUGUAUCAUAAUCAGUUUGUAAUAAUUUCAUAAAUAAAUUUGUUUCAUCUUUGUGUUACUUU